GCCGACUGCGCAUGCGUGUACAGUCGCCGGUUCACUGUGCGGUGACCGAUGAACUCACGGUGAGACCUGCUGUAAUUUCGCUUUUUAUCCCGGUGAAGUUGGAGACUGUGGACCAUGUGCUGCUCCGGAGGAAGCUGACAGACCGUCGAUAAAUCUCUCUUAGACAUGACCAAACCCAAAGCCGGGGCCCAGAGCGCUGAGGCAGAGGGCCCGGAUGGAGGCUGGGGCUGGGUGCUGGUCGGCGCCUUGUUCGUCAGCACGAGCCUCGUGUUCGGCCUGAUGCGCAGCCUGGGGAUCUUCUUUGUCGAGUUUGUGCAGUACUUCGAUGAGAGUGCUCAGGCCAUCUCCUGGAUCUCCUCCACGGGCCUGGCAGCACAGCAGUUCUUCAGUCCGCUGGGUGCAGCACUGUGUAAUGCGUAUGAUGCCCGGUUGGUGGUGAUGACGGGGGGCUGUCUCGCUGGACUCGGCCUAAUACUUGCCUCGCAGGCCACCUGUCUUGUUCACCUCUACCUCACCAUGGGUGUCAUUUCAGGUUUGGGCUGGGGGCUCGUCUUCACUCCCAUGGUAGCUACAGUCAUGGCUAACUUCACACGCCGGCGCACCUUGGCGUUGGGACUGGCGUUCUCAAGCAUCGGACUCUCCUCCUUUGCUUUCAACCCGCUCUUCCAGCUGCUGGUGGAGAAGUACGCCUGGCGAGGGGCCCUUCUGAUCCUGGGGGGCCUCAGCCUGAACAUUGUACCCUGUGGGGCUCUCAUCCGUCCACAGCAACGCUCUAAAGCUCCAGCAAAGGUGGAUUCAGUGAGCAGACCAUCAUGUGCUUCCGUUAUGCACAGAGUCUCCUCGUACCUGGAGCUGUCGCUGCUCUUCGAGAGGCCUUAUAUCACGUACACCUUGGGUAUCACUCUUCUCAACGUUGGCUACUUUGUGCCGUAUUUCCACCUUGUUGCCCACAGCCGCCAUGCCGGCUUCUCGGAGUACCAAGCUGCUUUUGUCAUGUCAGCUGCCGGCGCGUCAGACAUUUUGGGCCGCGUAGCGUCAGGCUGGUUCUCGGACCUGGGUCACUUUAGGCUGAUUCAUUUGCUGAGCAUGUGGACAACAUUGGGGGGAGUGUUCAUCAUGCUGCUGCCUGUGAGCUCAUUGUCAGGUUCUUACUCUGCACUGAUGGUGAUCAGUCUCCUCUACGGCUUCUGCUCCGGGGCGUUGACCUCUGUGGUCUUCGCCGUGGUGCCCAUGAUUGUGGGUGUGGAGCGAAUGAUGGGGGGACUCGGGCUGCUGCAACUCAUCGAGAGCGGCGCUGGACUGCUGGGGACACCUCUGUCAGGGUUUCUCAAGGACGUCACAGGCAACUACGUCGCUUCCUUCAUGGUGGCGGGCAGUUUCCUUAUUCUUGGUACUUUGACCAUGGCCACUCUGCCUCACUACUUCUCCUGCACAGAUCCACCGCCUCCUCAAAGACGUUCCCCUGACGACAAAGAUAAGGGUUUACAUUCAGAGUCAGAACAGAUGAAUAGUUUGCCAUCUGACACGAAUCACAGAGGAGUUUAAGGAUGAUCUAACAAGGCUCAGCAAUCCUCAAGACUGUGGAAGUUCAGGGUUCAAGAGCCUUGUUAAUACGCUUCAGUCGAGCCAAGAUAACCUGAAGACACCGUCAGUGAGUAAGUAGUGUGUUUGUGUUAUACCUCAAGAUAUUCAGACCCAAAGUGAAGAAAGAAGCUUAUAAAAUAAAGGGGCCAGUGAGUUCCUCACUCUGUUACACAUCAUCACCUCAGUUGAAUGUUUAUGCCAGUAUAAGGACACACUGGGCAUUUAAAUACUUUAUUUGCAAUUUACAGCUGUGUGCUGAUUUACAUGCACAGUAGGAUGGGAAGCAGGAGAGCAAAUGUGAGUUUUUUUAUUUUUAUUCUUAUUAUUUUUACACAUGCCAUCAAGUUUCAUCAUACUUGACUAAGAAACUAAGAAGCAUAAACUGUUUCUUGGUUCAUGUGAAUAUAAAAUGUGAAUCUGAUUCUGCUGCUGUAAGAUUAACCAACAUAUCUAAAUUUUGCACAUACAUGAGUCAUCUUUAACUUUAAUUUAAUUUGAACUAUAUUCUCUUAAGGGGGCAAAGGUGACGUAGCACAAUAAAUGCGACUGAUCAGCGUCACUGCACCUAAAUCUGACUUUUUCAUGUCAAGGCCCCCCUCAAUAGAUGCACAUUGGACCACUGACGCCCAAUUUGAGAGGAUUUUGUCUUAUCCCCUCUGAGUAAUUUAUUUUAAAUUUUAGCUUUUAAGAUUAUAAAGUUUUCAUAGUCAAUGAAUGAUCUAAGUGGGGUCACUAUAAACUACAGAUAAACAACAAAAUGUGAUAAAAGUUAAAAUAUUCUAUUCCUUUGUUGGGGACCCCCUACCACCCACCCAAAGACCCCUGCUGGUCCCUGGACCUCAGUUUGGAAACCACUGAUUAAUUAAAAUUAAAAAUAUUUAAGAAUAUGCAUGCAUGUGAAGACAUUAUCAGCUUAUCAGUAACUAAAGACAGAGCUUGUAGUAAUGAAGUCAGAAGUAAUUUCAGCCGUUAUUGUGCUUUAUUGCUGUUUAAUCUAAAAUCUCGCGAUAACAAACUAACUGUGUAAUUUAUUGAUGCAGAUUCAUAAAGGAAAGAAACUGCAUUUAUUAAUGAUUAGCAGCACCCCUCUGUGCUGCUCACUGAUUUCAUAUGAGCACAGCAACAGACACCAGCAACUCUCUUUCAGCCUCAGGACUUUCUCUCUGCCGGGCAGGAACACAAGUGCAUUUUCUGAUCAUACAAAUCAUUGCUUGCACAAGCACUUUGUACUUUUGUAACCCAUAAAUCAAGACUGUGUUUGUAAAUGAGAGAUGUUCUCACCCUGAGAACAGCUGAAGAAACACCAGGUUCAUAGGACAGAGACAACAGGGUCACUGUGACCCGCUGGGUCCUGGCAGACUAAUGCCAUGUGACUUACAGUUUGUCGUUUCAUUGUGUGGCAGCUACUGAAUACUGGAGCUCCCGUAAUUAUUUAAAGGUGGAAAAUGUUCGUCUUAAGCAGCUUUUCUUGGCAGUCUGUGAUUGAAACCUGUUAACCUGUUAAACCUAGCACUCACACAUCAGGGCUGCAACCUGACGCUAUUAUAUGUUGAAAUGUAGUAUUUUGUACUCAAUCUUGAUUAAAAAGCAAUGUAUUUUGUUUUAA